AUGUCGGUUGCACAAUUAAAUGGAGCUAAAGCGGUGGUUCGAGAAAACCCGGCAUUGUAUCCCGAGAUUGUGAAAGGGAUUCUUAAUAUUGCCGAUCGGCCAGAGACCGACUUGAGGAGGUGGUGUGCUGCUUUUCUUGUCGAUGCGUUUGCCAGUCCAGACCUAAGUGAGGAAGUCAAGCAGACACUAGCAACCGAAUCGUUGGCUGCUUUGUUGACCUUGAUUGGGGACAGAGACUUUGUGGUUUUACGCCACGCGAUCACCUGCACCGGCAUAGUGUAUCCUUUGCUAUUUUCUUAUGUUUGCACGAGGCCUAUGGAGGGCAAGCUUUGGGACGAUUUGCGACGACUAAAGGGUAGUGCUCUCGCUCAUUGGAGCGCAGAACAACGUCACUUGGGUAUUUCUGCGGCCUGCAUCAAACUGGCGCAAGUUAUUGUUCAAGUUCAGUCAAAACAGCCCUCUCAUCGCGGUGACGUUUCGUUGGCUAAUGUCCCAUCUGGUCAUCCUUUGAUCGAGCCUGUAGAACUUCUUGCUGAGGCUUCGGGGCUGCUUGAUCGCCUGUUAUCGUAUUUUACUGAACCGGAUCUUGAUGUUGUCUACUUUCAAGCUUCUUUCAAUGCUGUUUUGUCCCUGGUCCAGUCGCGCCCGAGUUUGGGCCCAAAGAUUGUUUCUGCCGUUUUGGCGUUUGAUCCUAAUCGCAAACGACACUCUUGCUCGAUUGAAGCUGUAGAUAUCGCGUUGAAAUAUGUCGACAAGUCUCUACAGCUCGAGUUAGGCGCUCUGGCCCAUCACAAUAUGGUUCCUCAGUAUACCUCCGGUAUUCAGCGUUUUCUUGCAAAAAUCAGCGAGGGAAGAGCGAAUGCCAGUCUUCGGAAGCGUGCUGCUGAAGUCGAAGAUAGUCCUAUGGCCAAACGUGUCCGGCUAGCCGACGCAGAUAUGCCGCUCAUAACAACUACCAGGCUGCCUGGUGGCGAGGUGCCGCUGAGCGACUUGUACAGUCUUGUUGAUGCAGACAAUGCGUUGGCAAAGUUCAAUGCUCGCGACUUACAGCUAAAUGUUGCAAUUGAGAUAGCAAUGUCGUCUCUUAGUCAAGCAAAUCAAACAUUACUAGAUAACUGUUUGUCUAUCGUUUCAAAACGUUAUGAUUCAGUUCCGGAGUCUGGUAGAGUUGUAAAACGUCCAAGCGAUGACACGCCCCCACCUGCUCAAGAAGCUCUAGCGCCGGCUGCUCCUGAGGAGUUUGAUAUUUCGAAUCCUCCAAAAUUCAAUCCUGAGCAAAUCGCAACCCGAACAGUUGAAUUGGUGAGCCGCUUAGAGGCUGCUGCAAAAGACGCGCCAGCUGAAGAAAAGCUCGAAGGUGUGGAUGCCCUCCGGCGAUCUGUGUUGGAAAAAUGGACUGCAAACGCUUGGAUCUUUGUGGCAUCGCGGGCGGUGUCGCGAGGUGUCCCCGCGGACAGCGUGGUGGCCACAGCUAUACGUGACCAUCUGUACAAUUAUGUUAUUACGGAUUUCCGAGCUCGGCUCGAAGUUAUGGUUUGGUGGUUGAGUGAAGAGUGGUAUGCUGAAUAUGUUCUUGCUGAAAACGCACCUGAAGAUUCGGCCAAAAGUAUUUAUUACCAACAAGUGGGUCGGAUUGUUGACCAGGUACUUCCUCGACUGGAAAUGUCCGACUCAAGAACACUAAUUCGUUUCUUCAGCGAACUGCCCGAUCUCAAUCGUGACAUCAUUUUCAAGUUACGUGGUAUCUGCCAAGAUCCCGAGCGAUCUGGUCUUGGUUUCCGCACGCUUAAAUUCUUGAUCCUGUUCAAGCCCCCCACCAAAGAGGCUUGCUUGGAUCUUCUCACGGAGUUGUAUAAAGAGGGUGCCGAUGGAGCCGAGGCUAUUCUGAAGAAGCAUCGCCCGGAAGCUGUUUCGGAACCUCAGGCCUAA